CCUCCCUUGUCGCAACAUGGCCGCUUAUCUCUAGUUUAUCCUUGGAGAAGGUAGAGGAACAGGCAACGGCUGCCAUCGUGGCAUCGGCUUGCCAUUCAGAAUGACGUUAUAUCGCCAUAUAUGGAAGAGACUUUUACGUCCUGGCCUAUUUUCUUCACGUGGCCGAACAACAAAUCCCGUCCGUUUGAAAUCCUCCACGAUAGUUAGAACUAGUGAUCCGUUUUAUCGUGAAGACAUCGCGGACGUUAUCGACGUCAGGAGUCCUGAAGAAUACCAAGCUGAUCAUAUUCCCGGAGCCAUAAAUCUUCCAGUUCUAUCUUCGGAACAGUUCCAGAUCGUCGGCAAGCUACAUUGGGAGGGGCUUGAAACCCAAAAAGAAGAAGACACGGUUCCACUCAAAGCGCGACUGGUGGGUGCAAAGUUUUCUCUGCAAAGCAUCAUACACAUCAUAGACUCUCACUUUAUGGAUAAACCUCAGAGUUACUCGCCUUUAAUCUACUGUAAACGGGGUGGACUUAGGUCUAAGUCAUUGGCAACUGUCCUAGAAGAGAUAGGGUACCCAGUUGUCCUGUUAGAUGGUGGCUACAAGACAUAUCGGCGGAGAGUUAUUGAUGAUCUCAAUGAGAUGCCGUUGAAAUUCAGCUUUAAUGUUGUAACUGGCAGCAACAAAACUGGGAAAUCUAUGAUAAUGCGGAAACUCGUCGAUAGAGGUCACCAAGUGCUCAAUUUCGACAAGAUGAUUCAUUAUGAAGAUUUGUUCCUCAGCGGAGAUCUUAUGAAGAUGAAAAACCGAUCUCGUUAUAUGGAAACCAAACUGAGAGACAAACUUGUGACGUUUGAUCCCAGUCGCCCAGUCUGGGUUAAACACCAGUUUUGGCAGAGCGACUUGAUGAAAAGAUUGGCAUCAACACACAACCUCCCCACACCACCGGUAAUCUAUAAACAGAUGCUUCGGGGCAGAUUAUUUGAAGUGAAGGCUCCAAAUGAAGAAAAGGUGGAACGGUUGGUCAGACAAGGUUAUCUGGACUGGAUGGAAGAGAAUUUGGAUAUGGUGAAAUUGUUCUUGGACACUCAUGCUCAAAACAUGUAUGACUUCAGAGUUAUAAAUGUCAUGCAGUCAAAUAUCAGGAAUAAUAACUUGAAAGAAUUAUUAUCAUGCAUGUUAAUGGAGGAGCACAAGCAUUAUAAGAUCAUGCGUAAACGGUGGCGGAAGAAAUACGGUAAAAGUCUGGACACACUUCAACAGGAAUUUUUUGUUUUAGAGACUCUCACAAAUAAUAAGAUUGAGGAAAUUGUGGACAAAUUUGAAAACCUGGCCGAGAAGUGAUAGACUUGUUUGAGAGCAGUGUAAGGAGGGUUUUACAUCAAAUAUUUAAUAAAAUAAAUGCUUUAAAGAAGAUCGACCGGGAUUAAUUUGGAAACAAGACUACUCCUACAGAAGAGCUUUGUAGACAAAGAAAUAAUGUGAUAUGUCACGUUCCCGGGGUGGGGGGUUUUAUACGUUAUGGUGCCGAUGUGUAAAAGGUAUUCGUUAAAAAAAUCUGAUAGAAAACCCAUAUAAAAAGAAGUAACUUCAUUAAAAUGUGACUUUAUUUGCCCUUUUUGGAGAAAAAAAAACCCUGAAAUUUUAGUGAACUUUGGAGUUUUGCUUAAAACGUACUAAAUUGACGAAUAUUGAGGGGGAUAUGCGAGACAUAUAAUGUGAUUCUUCCAUUGCCGCUUUGGCAUCUGGGAGUUAUUUCCCUUGAAUAAUAAAAUAAAAUUCGUUGAUUUUCAUCAUACUGGUACAUAAUUGAUUUGCGUGCGAAAUAUCAUAUGCAGAAGUGAAUCAAUAAACAGUUUGUAAUUACAUAUGUUAUCCAAAUAUAAUUAAUGCCCAUCUCUGAUGGUUUGAUUUGAAAUAAGACUCUUUACAUUUAUAUUUGUGAAGAUCGUGAAGAGAUCGCUUAACACAAUUUUAAAAGCUGUCGAAUUACUAGUAUAUCAAGAUAAAAUAUUAACGAAAAAAAUGUUACAAUUGCCACAGUUUAUAUAUUUUAGUCAGCAGGAAAUAUGUUACAAUCAAUACAGAUUAUAUAUUUUG